ACCAUGAGUGAGAGGGAGGAGGAUGACGCCGCCACCGAGGAAGCCUGGCUGCAGCUGCGGCCCGUGGAGCCCUUGUCCUCUCAGUGCUGCGGCAGCGGCUGCUCGCCCUGCGUGUUUGAUCUCUACCACCGAGACCUGGCCCGCUGGGAGGCAGCCCUGGCCAGCAAGGACAGGAGCCUGCUGAGUGGGCACGAGUCCCAGAGCUGCCCCUCCAAGCUGAGCCCAGAGACCUUUCUAGCCUUCCGCAUCAGUGCUGUGGACAAACUCACUCAGGACACCUACUGCAUCCGCUUUGCGCUCCCGGGAAACUGCCCGCUUGGCCUGCGACCCGGCCAGCACCUCAUCCUUCGAGGGAUAGUAGAUGGCUUAGAAAUUCAGAGAGCCUAUACGCCCAUCAGCCCUGCUGAUGCAGAGGGAUACUUUGAAGUGUUAAUUAAGUGCUACCAGACUGGGCUGAUGUCCCAGUAUGUCAAGUCCUGGAAAGCAGGUGACACAGCUUUCUGGCGAGGACCCUUCGGACGUUUCUUCUAUAAACCAAACCAGUAUGGUGAGCUCCUCAUGCUGGCUGCGGGCACGGGCCUGGCUCCCAUGGUGCCCAUCCUGCAGAGCAUCACAGACAAUGCUGAUGACGAGACCUUUGUCACUCUGGUCAGCUGCUUCAAGACCUUCGAGGGCAUCUACCUAAAGGCCUUCCUCCAGGAACAGUCCCGUUUCUGGAAUGUCCGCACCUUCUUUGUACUCAGCCAGGAGGACUCCUCAGAGCAGCUUCCCUGGAGUUACCGGGAGAAGACCCGCUUUGGCCGCCUUGGCCAGGACCUGAUUGAAGAGCUGGUUGGCUGCUGUCGGAGAAAGCCAUUUGCACUGGUCUGCGGCUCGGCUGAGUUCACCAAGGACACAGCCAGGGGCUUGCUGUGUGCAGGCCUUGCCGAGGACUCAUGCUUCCUCUUCUAG